AUGACCUCUCAGAUAGGCAAAGAAACAACAUUUGCAUCUGAUGACAAUGAGCAGUUUAUCGUAGUGAAAAGAAAUGGAAGGAAAAGUUGGCGACGAUCUCGUGGUAGAGGUGAGAAGGUUGUUGCAACAGCUAUUUGUUCUCCGGAGGAUCAGGUUUCCGUGGAAAGAAUUGAUGCAAUCAUAAAAAAUGCCUGCAACAAUACCGAACUGAUUAAGUACAGCCAGCAGAUUAUUGCUUUACUUCUCAAAUCCCUUUCUGGACGUCAACUUUCAAGUAUUUGGGCUCUUGGAUUAGGUUCUUUCAGUCGUUCCUAUUAUCCUGGUUGUGAUCAGCUAGCGAUGUUGCUUGAACUGAAAUAUCAUUUCGGAUGUGAAGUUCAUUUCCAAGAACCUUGCUUGACAAAAAUGGAAAAACGUUGGCUGUGUGAUCACGCUAUCUGCUUAUCAGAAACAAAUGAUCUGUUAGAAUGUCGAGUAUCUGAUGAUGAUGUGAACAAAAAAAAAAUCGUGUUAUUCUAUGCACCUCAUUGUGGCCAUGCUGUAUACAACAGUAACAAUUUCUAUUCGAUGGAUUUGACUGCCAGACAUUUAGAAAAGUAUGCGGGAUCUGUACUAAGUCAGGAAGACGUUGCGAGAAAAUGCAGAGUAACAGAUUUGAAAAUGUCUGAUUGCUGUGAACUUCAGGCUCUUUCAUUGUAUAGUAAAGUGUGUACAUUGUUAGAAUUUCCCACCUUCAAAUCAAAUUUUGCUGUUUUUAACGAUACAGCCUUACAUUUUCUGCCACAAAAUGCUCUACUGCCAGAAAUUUCGGAAAUAAGGCCAAACUAUCGACUGUUUAGGCAUGAAAUUGUGAUUUGA